AACACUUUUUCUUCCAUGCCGAUCAAAUGGCUACCCAUUUGCAAAUAUAUUUAAAUACAGUUGCUAAUAAAAUUUCCGACUGCAUCACUACUUCAAAGCCUCAAAGUACCUUAGAUGAUAAAGUCAUAUAUUUUCCACCAAAACAAGUGGCGCCUACGAAUUGCACUCAUCGUAUGCACUUGAAAGUUAGUUCUUUGCGGAAAAGCCUAGUAAUGCCUCAAUCAAAAUCACAAGUUAAUGAGACUAAGAAACAGCGUCAAAAUCGUUUAGUUGCAGAGGCUGAAGCUAGAAGUGAAGCAGCUGGACGAGAACGUUUCGCUAUGGUACAACAAUUGCUGGCACUGGCAAUUUCGAAAACUCUUGAUGCUGGCGGAUUGGAAGCGCUACAAAAUAUUGGCUACGAAAUCGGACAAAGUGGUACUGCUGUUGGGUUACAAAUGAAUGAUCAUCGAUCUGGAUUUGAUACGCCAAGUGAUACAUCGGGAUUAUCGAAAGGAGCGCGAAAACGUUUGCGACGUCGCCAGAGGGAAGCACAGCUUGCUAUAACUAAGACGGUUGCGGCGAAGGCGUGCACAGGUUCCUUAACGGAUAAUGGAAAAUCCCAAAAAUCGCAAAUUUCACUGAACGCCGAUAUGACGAAAUCUCUGGGCAUCGAACAAUCACCUCCAAACGUACCUGUACUAUCAGGUAUGCUUUACGAGCUGGCCGUGCAAUUUCGCACUGAAAUUCGCUUAUUGCAAAUGCUUUUCGACUCUGAAUUGGAUCAGAAUUCGAAGGUGGCAAAUAAGGAUCAGCUAAUUGUUGCUGAGAUAACUCUUGCAAACAAUAGUCCAAUAACAUCAGAGGCUUUCAAAUUCAUGCGCUCUGUAAUCCUUAGCACUCUUGAAAAAUAUCAGAAAUUGAAAAAAGCUACACCUAUAUUCUACAGCAUGACCCAUAAUCACACUUACAUAAAUAUUUUAUGCGAAGACGAGUAUUCAUUCCAGUGUUUGAAAGAUUCCACUGGCCGAAUGCAAGCCUUGGGAAGUGUGUGCUUGUAUCCAUUACAGCCAAAUGCAGUUCGAUUGUAUUGUUAUAGCGUUAUUUAUACAGGCAUUAUAAAUGAUCCAAUGAAGUUUCUGUUGCAAGUGCGUUUGCAUGCGCCAAAAAUGCGGACGGAUCACUGGAUUGUGGCAAGCAGCAAAGUGUGCAUAAAAGAAAAGGGAGAAACACAGUUUUUAUUUUUAGUGGACGAACUAUCGGCGCUGGCGUUGGAAUAUCAACAUUGUAAUAGGCUGUUUAUCUGCUUGGAAGAAGCAUCGUUCCACAACCAUGGACAAUUGCCGAAUUUUCUUUAAGUGCUCCAUUUAAGUGGGCACUUUCGAAGUGGAAAGUAUAAUUUACUUCAUAUACAGACAUAUGUUUUAAGUAAAAAACCAAAAUUUUCUUUUACAAAAAUAAUUAUACCUUUGAGCAAAGUAAAAAACCAAAAUUUUCUUUUACAAAAAUAAUUAUACCUUUGACAUGGAUUUCAUAACUCUUA